AUGGAGGUCGGAGAAUCAUCAUGGUUUACCACAUGUAUGUCUACGCUAUUAUGUUCCCUGGGAUUCACAUCGUGGAAUUGUAACAGAUCGAUCGUAACAAGAGUCGGAUUCGCAGUCAUUUUUCUUCUAAACUCAACGUUCGCAUGGCUGAUGAUGUCUGAUUGGGCGAUGAAGAAACUUAGGAAGAAAACAAACAAUUACCUAGAUCUAAAUUGCCCCGAUGAAGAUUGUUAUGGUGUAAUUGCGGUUCAUCGAAUCUGUUUUGCUCUUUCUCUUUUUCAUUUAAUUCUGGCCCGGCUAUUAAUUGGGGUUAAGGAUAAACGUGAAAAAUGGGCUUCUAUACAGAACGGUUGGUGGGGUCAAAAAAUUUUACUGUGGGUUCUCCUAGUUAUCAUUUCAUUCUUCGUGCCAAAUGAAUUCUUUAUGUUGUGGGGAAAUGUUGUUUCAUUGGUUGGCGCGGUUUUUUUCAUUCUCCUUGGUCUAAUUCUUUUGGUCAACUUUGCACACAACUGGGGCGAGAUGUGCAUCAGAAAAAUUGAGUCCUCUGCGAACAGCAAAUUGUGGAAAUACAUUCAUAUAUGGUCAACUGUCGUAAUGUUCACGGGCACAAUUAUCCUCAACGUUACUAUGUACCUAUAUUUUGCAGAGGACGAAUGCACUCUAAACAUUUUCUUUCUUGCUUCAAAUGUAAUGCUAUGUACAAUUGGGGUUUUCCUCUCCAUACUUCCGGUAGUUCAAGAAGGGAAUCCCAAUUCCGGACUUUCACAAGCUUCAAUGAUAAUUUUUUAUUGCACAUGUCUCGUUAUGAGUGCUGUGGUGAAUGAACCAGCAGGUCAUAUUUGCAAUCCGUUGAUGAGCAGCCAUAAGGCUCGAAAGACUACAAUUGCCAUUGGUGCCUUGUUUACUUUCUUGACGCUCACUUAUUCGACGUCAAGAACUGCAACCGAGGGCGAGGAAUUGAUGUUCGGUGCAGAUUAUCAGGUUAAGGAUGAUACCGAGAAUUUAUUGAGAGUUGCCAAAACGGUUAACAAAAGCCCCGGCGGUGUUUUCUACGAGAAGGUAGACAUGUCAAACAACAAUUGCAUCCGCAAUUUACCACCGGCAUACGAAUCACAAAUAGACCAAGAACAUACUGUCAAAUAUAACUACGAAUUCUUUCAUUAUGUAUUCGCGAUUGCCUCAAUGUAUGUCGCGAUGUUGUUGACCAAUUGGAAUACAAUUAAUAUGACUGGCAAAGAAAAGUUGGUGGAAAUAGGACAUAGCUAUACAAUUUCGUGGAUAAAGAAGUAUUAUCAUAUCACGCCAGAAAUAUAG